UUUUUUUUUUAUAUCCCCUUUUUUCUUUUUCUCUCUCUCUCUUUUACUUUUUUUUUCUAGUAUAUAUCUAUAUAUAUAAUAUUCCACAUGGCUUCUGAAGAAUCAAAACCCAUUUUGUAUAAUUACUUCCGCUCGUCUGCUAGUUAUCGUGUUCGUAUUGCUUUGGCAUGGAAAGGCAUUGAUUAUGAAUAUCGUGAAAUUAGUCUCUUGACUGGAACAAAUGAAUCUGAUGAAUACUUAAAAGUAAAUCCUUUUGGUAAGGUACCUGCUUUUGUUACAAAGGAUGGAAAAGUAUUGGUUCAAAGUGAAGCUAUUAUGGAUUAUCUUGAAGAAAUCAAACCAGAAAGACCCAUGUUACCAAAAGGAGCGAUUCAUCGCGCUCAAGUACGUGCCAUUGUGCAAGCCAUUGCUUGUGAUAUCCAUCCACUACAAAAUCUCGCAGUAUUGAAACAUGUUGCAGGUGAUGAUGUCGAAAAACGAACGGAAUGGGCUAACUAUUGGAUCAACAAAGGAUUCACUGGGUUGGAAACGAUGUUGGAACAAACGGCUGGUACUUAUUGUUUAGGUGAUCAUAUUACAAUGGCUGAUAUGUUCUUGGUCCCCAUGGUGCAAAAUGCUCAUCGAUGGAAAGUUGAUAUGAAGCCAUUCCCCUUGAUUACUCGAAUUAACAAUACUUUAUUGACUCUUCCCGAAUUCAAGUCUGCUCACCCUUUCAAUCAGCCUGAUUGUCCUGAUGAACUCAAGAAGAAUGCCCCAUAGUGAUUAGUAUUAGUAUCAGUUAUAUAUAUUAUUAUCAUUUAGUAUAGGUUGUCUAUCCUCUUUUUUUUUGAAAUAAAAUUAUAUCAGUUGCAGCGUGAUUGUAAUGGUGAUCUCGCGGAAUUUGAAUACUUCUUUUCUGCACUUUCGAUACACUUCCAUGCUUUUUUCUUCAUUUUCUUCUCCUC